CCGCUCGGCGCCCGCGUCGCUCACACGCGCGCACGUCCGCCUGGCCCUCGGCAACCCGGUGGCAUCAUGUCGUCGCCUCCCGAAGGGAAACUAGAGACUAAAGCUGGACACCCGCCCGCCGUGAAAGCUGGUGGAAUGCGAAUUGUGCAGAAACACCCACACACUGGAGACAGUAAAGAUGAGAAAGACAAGGAUGACCAGGAAUGGGAAAGCUCCAGCCCACCCAAGCCGACCGUGUUCAUCUCCGGUGUCAUUGCCCGGGGUGACAAAGACUUCCCCCCAGCGGCAGCACAGGUGGCUCACCAGAAGCCACACGCCUCCAUGGACAAGCACUCAUCACCAAGGACCCCGCAUAUCCAGCAGCCUCGCAAGUGAACCUGUGCCUGGAUUCCACACCCACUACCCCGACCAACACUGCCCUAGCCCCCACCUGGCAGUCCAGGAAAUCUACGACAAAGCCAGGCCCUUGCUCCUGCCUUUGCCUUAAAUUUCUAUAUUGAAAACAAAAAUGGUCCAAAGUUCCAACCCUGCUGAGAAGGUGCCCUGCUUCAAUGUCACAGGGCUCACUCCAGGCCUAUGAUGAGCAAAAGUGGCCAAGACCUACAUGUAGUCACUCGCCCCACACCUCUGGUUCUGCUGCAGCCCUCCCCUGGGGUCCCUUCCACCUGCUGUCAGCAAAGCCACAGAAUGGCCAGGGCCAGAAAGGAUGAGGUGAAGGUGGGACCCACACAAUCCUGCUUUACAGUAAGAGGACAGUGAGGCCUUGGCACCCACAGGCAAGUAAGGCAUCUGAGCGUUUACUAGGAUGGCAGGUGUCAUAAAGUAGGCAUAGAGAACACCUUAAAAACAGCCGCGGUGAUGCUGACACCUGCACCUUGGGGGAAAGUGGCAUCAGCACAGGCAACACUGUGCUGAGAAGUGAAGCCUGGGGGCCGUGUGCUCAGAGCUGUGCUUCUGGCAGGAGAGCACGGUACGCCCCCUCCCGCCCAGGGACAGGGGCCCAACCCGAGCUCAGCACUGCUGUCGACUUCUGCAAGUGACCAUCAAGCAGUUCUGGGGCAAGAAGCUGGCAAGACCAGAUUAGAAAGCUGCCAGCCUGCCUAGGGAGCUGAAACACAUAUCCAAUUAGAGCCACGAGACUGCUUGCCCACUAGUCUCUCCAGACUCCCCCAUGCCCCAAAAGCGCACCUGCCUGCAUCACCAUCCCUGGCACCCAUUGUAUCAUCCUCCCAGCUCUACACAGGUUCCCCCAGUUGUGACUCAUGGUUGCCGCAUGCCUGCUCUCCUAAAAAAGCAAAAGGCGCCUCUGGGCAGAUAUGAAAGGGUGCAACCUGACCACUCGGCUGCGGAAGACUCCAAGCCACUCAGCCCCCGCCCCAUGCCAGUCUUUUCUAGUCUAACCAGGCCCAGUGCAGCCGCAAACCCUGGCACAGUGGUUUCCCAUCUCAACAACCACAGGAAGCCGAUGUACAACCCUCACAUCCUUUUGUAUUUCUUAGCAGCAGGAGUGUCGGUGUGAGCCAUGCACAGCUUUUGGAGACCUGCUCAUGGCCAGCAGUGGCAGCCACGGUACCUGCCACACAAGUGGCUUUUACCACACAGUCUCUGAAGCCAGUGACUAGGCAGAGCUCAGAGCAGGCACCCAUGGUGGCCUGGGCAGACCAUCUCCUGUCACCAGAAGCAACCUUAGUCCCCUGCCAUUCUGCCACUGGAGGGAGUGCUGUUGCCUCCACAGGGGCGAACUCCGCGCUCUCUUAGCGAGAUCUGAUGUGCACGUGGGUUCUCGGUCACUCAAUGCAAAAUAUUUUCCUCCAUGAAUUUCUCAAUCAUUAACUUCAAGAAUAAUAAUGGUGAUAAUAAAGCUACUAUAUUUCUUCCCA